AUGGCACACCGUCAGUUAGUUACGGGCAGGCCGUCUCUCUCAAUUUUCACAAAACGAUCUUCGCUCAAACCCAGACUAGUAGAUCGGCCGGUUAGUUACCGGCGGGCCGUCAAAGUGACGGCUACGGGGUUAUCCGGUGAGAACGGCAACGGGAACGGAUCUCUACCGAAAGACGCGGAGGGAGCAGCUGCGUUGGCGGGAGCGAGCGCGGAAAGCGGCGGCAGAGACGGCAAGAAGGUGGUCGUGAUCGGCGCGGGGUGGGCUGGUCUCGGCGCCGCGCACCACCUCACGAAGCAGGGGUAUGAUGUGACGUUGCUGGAGGCGGGGCGGCAGCCGGGCGGGCUGGUGGCGGGGUGGCGGAGCGACAAGGGGAAGCCCGUGGAGGUGGGCAUUCACGGCUUCUGGUACCCCUACAGGAACAUCUUUGCUCUAACAGACGAGCUGGGCUUAAAGCCCUUCACAGACUGGACGCGCUCAGCGCAGUACUCGCCUGCUGGGCUGGAGGUGGAGUCGCCCAUCUUCCAGGAUUUGCCGAGGCUGCCCUCCCCUCUGGGCACUUUUGUCUGGACGCAGUUCAAGCGCCUACCGUUGGUGGACAGGCUGUCAGCGCUCGCCCUCAUGUAUGCCAUGAUUGACUUUGACAACAGUGACGACGCGUGGCGACGAUACGACAGAUUGACGGCAAGGGAGUUGUUCAAGCAGUAUGGGUGCACGGACCGUGUCUACAGGGAAGCGUUCAACCCCAUGCUGCUGGUGGGGCUGUUCGCCCCUGGCGAGCAGUGCAGCGCUGCUGCCACCCUCGGCAUGCUCUAUUACUUCAUUCUCGCGCAUCAGGCUGACUUCGACGUGGUGUGGUGCAGAGGCACAGUAGGCGAGACCAUCUUCGCCCCCUGGAUUCGGACCAUGGAAGCUUCAGGGAACUUCCGCUUCCUGCCCAACCGCCGCGUCACAGACAUUGCAACGGCUGAGGACGAUCCGGACAGAGUGACAGCGGUGGUGUGCGGUGACGAGGUGUUUGCAGCGGAUGCAGUGGUGUCAGCUGUGGGUAUUUCAGGCCUCAAGAACAUCGUCUCAUCCAGCCCAGCACUGUCCAGCAGACGGGAGUUUCUUGGUGUGGCGAAUUUGGGAUCCAUUGACGUGCUCGCAGUGCGGUUGUGGCUCGACAGGAAGGUCAACAUUCCCAAGCCAUCCAAUGCGUGUUUCGGAUUUGACGAGACCACGGGAUGGACCUUCUUUGAUCUCAACGCCAUUCACGACGAGUACAAGGACGAGCCCUGCACAGUCGUUGAGGCUGACUUCUACCACGCGAAUCAAUAUCUGCCCAUGUCAGACGAAGCCAUAGUGGCAACAGUAAUGCGCUACCUGGCCACCUGCAUCCCUGCCUUCGCCUCUGCCCAAGUCACCGACAGUGCUGUCGUGCGGUUUCCCAGAGCCGUCACCCACUUCUCUCCAGGCUCCUACCAACACCUAUUGCCUGCCACCACCAGCUUCACCAACCUCUUCAUGGCCGGGGACUGGAUCGUCACUCGCCACGGCUCCUGGUCGCAGGAAAAGGCCUACGUGACAGGCCUAGAGGCAGCAAACCGGGUGGUGCGGCUGGUGGGGGAGGGGGAGGCAGCAACGAUAAUCCCAGUGGAGCGCGAUGAGGAGCACAUCGAGCAGCUGAGGCAGCUCAACCAGUCCGCCCGACAGCUCCUCAAUUUCCUUCCCUUCGCCGGUGCUCUCCUGGAGUGA